UACUCACUGUGUUGUAUUCUCUCUGGCUGCUCUCCUGUGACCCCUCAGCUGUUUGAGGACCUGACUGAGGACCAUGGGUCUGCUGAACAUCUUCUCUUCUAUCAAAGAGCGAGCAGAGAAGUUCCUGAAUGAGAAGAACGUGGUGACAGACUUUCUGGGGAAAGUGGAGGAGAAGACGGGGAUAAAGAAAAAGCUCAUUGCAGCAGGUGCCGUCUCGCUGACUGGUCUCUAUCUGAUGUACGGAUAUGGGGCCUCACUCGUCUGCAACCUGAUUGGUUUCGUCUAUCCAGCGUAUUUUUCAAUCAAAGCCAUUGAAAGUCCGAGCAAAGAAGACGACACAAAAUGGUUGACGUACUGGGUGGUGUAUGGCGUCUUCAGCCUGGGCGAGUUCUUCUCUGAUAUUUUCCUCUACUGGUUUCCAUUCUACUAUGCUUUUAAGUGUCUCUUCCUGUUGUGGUGCAUGGCCCCGAUGUCAUGGAACGGCUCCCAGGUCAUCUACAACAGAGUGGUGCGUCCCGUCUUCCUCCGCCACGAGGCCACGGUGGACAACAUGGUGAGCGACCUCAGCGGGAAGGCCAUGAACGCCGCCGAGAACCUCACCAGAGAAGUCCUGUCAUCUCUGGUGAAGAACAAAGCUCUGGUGACUCCGAUGCCGCCAGUCACUCAGUCUGAAGCUAAAAGUUUACCGAGUUCAUCGACGGAAACAUCAGCAGCUAUAAGAGCUACGUCACAACCCAGUGAAGAACGACCGCCUUUCCUGGGUUAACAGUCCGGAUGAAGUCCGUGUUGACUGACGCUCUUCAUGCAGCAGCAGAGGAAGAGGAUGAGACUGAGUGAAGAAGAAUCAACGUCCUGAUGAAGAAAAACUCUUUUUAAAUCAAGUCACUUCGUUUCUGUAUCAAACUCAACAAGAAUCUGAGAACACCGACUGUUCUCGGUUUGUUUGUCUGUUUGUUUGAGGAGGUUUUUUAGAAGCAUCUGGAAGCAGCUCUGUAAUUUGACCUCACUGGCUGGUGUUUGUCAGAUUCUCCACCAGGAGGCGACGUUUCUUUUCGAUCAUGUCACCUGCAAAUGUGAACAUCACUGUGUGUGUGUGUGUGAAGUUAAUAUUUCUGUUUAUUUUUUUGUUAAAACACAAAUAUGAGAUUAUGAUCGACUGAUGAAGAAGAAAUAAAAAUCAUGCAUCACAUUAAAACAUGAGGAGCUGACUCGUCGCUGCUUCAUGAGAACAUGCUAACAUGUGGACAUUAGCAUGCUAACAUGUGGACAUUAGCAUGCUAACAUGUGGACAUUAGCAUAUUAGCAUGUUCAUAGUGACAUGUGAUGUUUUGAUGUUCAUCUCAGGUCCGUUUCUAUCUCAUGAAUCAGUUUGGGUGUUUCUGUUGUUUACUAUCAGAUUUAUUUUAUUGUUUCUUUAUCUCAUUAAAAUCUGAGUUUCAAACGUU